UUCAAAAAAUUACUGAUAAAGGAGAUGAGUUGAAAAAAGCCUUUCACCUGCUCGACACCAGUAACAACAUGACGGUGUCAAAGAAUGAACUGAGAAGAAUCAUCACAACCUUCCUGCUGCCUCUCACCAGAGAACAGUUUCAACAUGUGCUGGCUCAGAUCCCCCUCACCAGCUCUGGCGCCGUUCCGUACCUUGAAUUCCUGUCCAGGUUCGGUGGAAUUGACCUGAAUAUAAAUGUUAUAAAGAGGGGAGGUGAGGAUGAAACGAAUUGCUGUCGGACAUUAAAAGAACUUGAAGUCCAAGUGGGAGAAAAGAUUUUCAAAAACAUUAAAACUGUUAUCAAAGCCUUUAAGCUCGUUGACAUUAACAAGACUGGUCUGGUUCAACCACGUGAGCUGAGGAGGGUUCUGGAGACCUUCUGUCUGAAGAUGAAAGAUGACGAAUACAAACAGUUUGCAAAACACUACAACAUUGAUAAAGAUACUGCAGUGAAUUAUAAUGUAUUUUUGAAGAACCUCAGUACAAAUAAUGACUUGAACCUUAAAUAUUAUAUAAGAAGUCAAGAAGUCUUGUGGGAGGAUCAACAAGUCAGAAAUUCCAGAAAAGGGUGCCUCCCCAGUGCUGUUUCAUCUGAAGACACCUGGAAAAACUCCUCCUUGGAUGAAAUCGAGAGGACCUUUUGCCAAGAGUUUUCGAAGUCCUAUGAAAAGGUUGAAAAGGCCCUGAGUGCAGGGGACCCCUCCAAAGGUGGAUAUGUAUCUCUGAAUUACCUAAAGAUUGUCCUCGACACCUUUGUGUACCGAUUACCAAGAAGAAUUUUCAUCCAGUUAAUGAAAAGAUUUGGACUUAAAACCACAACCAAAGUCAAUUGGAAGCAAUUUCUAACAUCAUUGUAUGAGCCUCAGUGGUUGGAAGCUAGCAAUAAAAUUCCCCUGACAAAAAGAAACAGUAUCAACUCUAGAAAUCAGUCUCGCAAGGAAAACGUCAUCACAAAGUUACUUAGACAUGAAGAUCACUAUGUGUCUUUGAAGAAAGCACUGCUGAUCAUCAAUGCUAAACCUGAUGGACGGAUAACAGGGGAAGAAUUGCGACAUAUUCUGAAUUGCCUGGUUGUAAAAAUAAGUGAUUCAGAAUUCAAAGAACUAAUGCACACGCUUGACCCUGGGUGCACGGGCUGGGUCAGCGCCAGCACGUUCAUGGAGCUGCUUGAGGAGACCCCUAAGCUAAGCAGAACGUCCUCCUGUAAAGACACCAAGGCGCCUCUCCUCCUGGCGUGGGACUCAGUGGAAGAAAUUGUUCAUGACUCGAUUAGUAAGAAUCUACAAGCUUUCUACAAUAUGCUACGGUCACAUGACCUCGGAGACACGGGGCUCAUUGGGAGAAAUAAAUUCAGGAAAAUCAUGCGCAUAUUCUGCCCAUUUUUAACAACCGAACAUCUGGUAAAACUCUGCAGUAAGUUUCAGGAUGUUGCUUCAGGAAGAAUCCUUUACAAGAAGCUCUUGGCGUGCAUAGGAAUUAAUGGCCCGCCCACUGCCUCUCCAGCGCUCGUUCCAAAGGAUCAGCUGUUCAAUGAACAUUUUCAAAAAGAGGAACAGCAACAGCCGGAUCCUUCUGAGAGAACCAAGCACGCUGAGAGUAAAAGCGCCGUGACCAAGAACAUGACCAAGGAUGAAGUUAUUGAAAAACUCAAAGCCUGUGUACAGCAGCAGGACCCAGCAUUCAGAAAACGAUUUCUUGACUUCAGCAAGGAGCCCAAUGGCAAAGUUAAUGUGCAAGACUUCAAGAAGGUGCUGGAAGAUAACGGGAUGCCCAUGGCCGACGAUCAGUACGCCCUGCUGACUGCAAAACUAGGAUAUAAGAAAGAAGGGAUGAGUUAUCUCGAUUUUGCAACAGGAUUUAAAGAUUCUAAAAUGAAUUGGCCGAAAGUGACUCCAUCUCGGACUCCAGUUCUCUCAAAAGGCGGCUCGGACAGCUACUUUAUAACUGCUGAGGACUGCCUGAAGCAGUUCCCGCCGAGAAUGAAGGAGUCCUUCCGGAACCCCUACUCGGCCUUCUUUAAGAUCGACACCGACAGGGACGGCAUCGUCAACAUGCGUGACCUCCGCCGGCUGCUGCUGCACCUGCUCCUCAACCUGAAGGACGAGGAGUUCGAGCGCUUCCUGGGCCUCCUCGGCUUGAGGCUCAGCGCCACCUUAAACUUCCGGGAGUUUUGCAACUUGUGUGAGAAGAGACCCUUCCAAGAAGAGGAUGACGCGCCUCAGAGACUCAUCAGACCAAAGCAGAAGGUCGCAGAUUCAGAGCUGGCCUGUGAGCAGGCUCACCAGCACCUUGUCACCAAAGCCAAAACCAGAUGGUCGGACUUGUCAAAGAAUUUUAUAGAAACUGACAGUGAGGGCAACGGCAUCCUUCGCCGACGAGAUAUCAAGAACGCGCUGUAUGGCUUUGGCAUUCCGCUCACGCCGAGGGAAUUUGAGAAGCUCUGGAUGAGCUACGACACGGAGGGGAGAGGGCACAUUACGUACCAAGAGUUCUUACAGAAACUGGGGAUUAACUAUUCAGCAGAUGUUCACCGGCCCUAUGCGGAGGACUAUUUCAACUUCAUGGGGCAUUUCACUAAGCCCCAGCAGGUGCAGGAAGAGGCCCGAGAGCUGCGGCAGGGCGCGGAGAGGGCCGUGGCAGCCAGGAAUAAUCUGAAGGAGCAUUAUCAAGAUGUCAGCAAAGCUCUCACCAAGCAAGAUGAAUCCAGAAAUGGCUACAUAGCCUUGUGCCAGAUGCAGAAGUUGCUGCAGAAAUGUGGUUGUUCUCUGAAGGAAGAGGAGCUGACCGAUCUUCUAAACAGUUGGGGAAUCAGCUGUCAUGAUAAUUCCAUCAAUUACCUUGGCUUCUUGAGAGCGGUGGAGAACAGCAAGCCGACCAAACCUCAGCCCCAGGAGAAAGAAGAGGGCAUGUCCAUCAAUUUUGCAGCACUGAGUUCAGAAGAGGUUCUGAAGAACAUCCAGGAGGUGGUCGCCUCCUCCAGUCCGGCUUUGUCAACGGCAUUUUCUGCAUUGGAUAAAGAGGACACUGGGUUUGUAAAGGCUUCGGAUUUUGGACAAGUUCUUAAGGAAUUCUGUUACAAACUAACAGAUAACCAGUAUCACUAUUUUUUGAGAAAACUGAGAAUUCAUCUAACCCCCUAUAUAAAUUGGAAAUAUUUUCUCGAGAACUUCAACAGUUACCUUGAGGAGACGGCUACUGAGUGGGCUGAGAAGAUGCCCAAAGGCCCGCCACCCAGAUCUCCCAAGGAAAUAGCAAACCAAGAGAUCCUGGCUCGGCUCCGCAAAGCAGUGGCCUCCCACUACCACACCAUCGCCCAGGAGUUUGAGAACUUUGACACCACGAAGACGGACACCGCCUCCAGGGAUGAGUUCCGGGCCAUCUGCACUCGCCACGUCCAAGUUCUGACGGAUGAACAGUUUGACAGGCUCUGGGCUGAGCUGCCCGUCAACGCCAAGGGGCGGCUGAGAUACCUGGACUUCCUGAGCGGCUUCAGCUCCGAGAAAGCGGUCACGCCGCCGGCCACUGGCGACUCGGCCAGGGCACAGAGAGGCAGCAGCGUUCCCGAAGUCUCGGAAGGAAGCAGGUCCGCUGGGUCAUCACCCGCUCGCGACCUGAAAUCGGGGUCGAAACCGCGGAGCCACCCCUGCACCCUGGCGAGUGCAACCCCGCCCCUGCAGAACUGUGAGCCCAUCGAGACCAAGCUCCGGAAGAAGGUCCAAGGGUGCUGGCGUGAGCUCCUGAGGGAGUGCAAGGAGAGGGACGCCAACCGGCAGGGCGACAUCACCGCCACCGAGUUCCUGGCGCUGGUGGAGAAGUUCAGCCUGGGCCUGAACAGGGAUGAGUGCCAGCAGCUCAUCCUCAAAUACGACUUAAAGAACAACGGCAGGUUUGCUUAUUGUGACUUCAUUCAGAGCUGCGUCCUCCUGUUGAGAGCAAAGGAAACAUCGCUGAUGCAGAGGAUGAAAAUCCAGAACGCGCACAAAAUGAAAGAAGCUGGUGCUGAGACUUCUUCCUUUUACUCUGCUCUGCUGCGCAUUCAGCCCAAAAUUGUGCACUGCUGGAGGCCGAUGAGGCGCACGUUCAAAGCCUACGAUGAGGAAGGGACGGGGCUUUUAAGCGUGGCUGAUUUCAGGAAGGCCCUGAGACAGCACAGCAUCAACCUCUCGGAGGAGGAGUUCUUCCACAUCCUGGAGUAUUACGACAAGGCGCUGUCCUCCAAAAUCUCCUACAACGACUUCCUGCGGGCCUUCCUGCAGUAGGCGCCGCCGGCAGGGGGCCCGCCCGGGGGCCUGUCCCCAAGAAUGGUGAAACCUGUCACUGGGGGAUCUCAUGAACUUGCAGAGUGUCCCAGAAACGAAGCCUGCGCCAAGCCCACGUCUUUCUGAGCUCAGCCCAGGCCCAGCCUCAGCAGCAGCGGCCUCUCCAGGGGCCCCGAGGUGGCCCCGCUGAGCCUCAGGACCCCUCAUUAGUUUGAGCAAAUAAAAAUGUUAAUCUUUGCAAAAAUGAUUCUUGAGACUUUA